AGGUCCGGACACCUCCGCGGGGACGUUACGAUGAGCCGAGCGAAGACAGCGUCGGCUUCGAAGCCUACCAGGGAAUAAACGAGCGCGAGAUGAACAGCCUACACAAGCGCAUCCCUGGGCUGCGGCGGCACGACCCCAAGACGUCGACCAUCCGGCAACACUACUACCCGGAGGGUGGCUGGGGCUGGGUGGUGUGCGGCUGCGCCUUCCUCGUCCACCUGGUGAUCGCUGGCUUCCAGCUCAGCUACGGCGUCCUGCUGCUGCACGUGCUGGCCGCCUGGGGCCGCGAAAGCUACAUGAAGGCCGUCUGGCUGGGCAGUCUGAACCUGAGCGUCAGCCUGCUGGUGACGCCGGCCGUGGUCGGCUUGUGCCGCCGCAAGUCUACCCGCCUGACAGCCGUGCUGGGCGGGCUGGUGGCCGCCCUCGCUUGUCUCUUCACCUCGUUCGCGCAGCAGCUGCAUCAAGUCUUCCUCAGUUACGGCGUCGUAAUGGGCAUCGGCGUGGGUCUGACGCGGGAGACGUCUGACCUGAUGACCGGCCAGUACUUCAAACGGCGCCGCGAGUUUGUGGAGAUCAUCGUCCAGUCUGGCGCCGGCAUCGGGCUCACGCUGGUCUCCACCAUCCUCCGGUACAGCUUGGGGUGGCUGGGCUGGCGGCUCGGCCUGCAGGUCAUCACCGGCAUCGUCUUCAGCACGUUCAUCAUCGGCAUCUUCUAUCGGUCCGCGUCGCUCUAUCAUCCGCAGAGGAGAGCGAUACUUCAUCUGAAAAACCAGAAACGAAAAGUCAAGGAGAAAAAGGAGUUUAAGAUGAAGAACCCGAAGCCGGAGGAGAAGCCCCCGUACCUGGACUGGAGUGUGCUGCGAGCGCGAACCGUGCAGGUGCUGGUGAUGUCAGCCGCUCUCGGCGGCCUCGGCAUCUACACUCCCGUCAUACUGCUGAUGGUGCAGUGUGAAGAGGAGGGACUGGACGCCGGCUCUCUCGGCCUCCUGCAGACUUUCCUGGGGCUGGCACUGGCCCUGGGCUGCCUGGGCUGCGGCGUCGUUGUGGUCCGGCCGUCAACCCAGUGCUGGAUCUCACGACAGUACCUCUGCCAAGCCACCCUUCUCGGCAUCAGCAUCAGCCUGCUCGCCCUGGCUGUGAUCGAAGGCUAUCACGGCUACGUGCUCUUCACCUGGCUGUACGGUGUCCUGCUGGGCGGCUACCGGUACGCCAUCAAGGUGUACACGUUCGAGCGCGUGCGAGCGCGCAACUUCAGCCGCGCCUGGGCGCUGGUGCAGGCGGCUGCCUCCCUCAGCUGCCUGGUGGCGGCGCCCAUCACCGGCUACAUCAACCGUCGGAGCCCGAAGGCCGGCUACUACUUUUCGAGUGUGAUGGUGCUGCUCAGCGCGUGCGUCUUCUUCAUGAUGAACUUGUACCGCAACAAGCUGAAGAAGAUGGACACGUCGCUGUCGUACACGACCGUCGACAGUCAGCUGUCGUCGGGUCACGACGCGUGCCAGCUGUCGGUGGAGCAUGACAGCGCACACAAGGUGUGCACCUGCGCCUUCCCGCCGGAGGAGGGCAGCGCCCACUCGUCGGGAGCCUUCGGCCGGGCGCCGCCACUGCAGCGCGUCGGCAAGUCAAUCUCGUUCGCCAACUCGGUGGACGUGCUAGACGACGGGGCGCUGCUGGAGCGCGUGCCAGACGGACUGACGUGUAUCUCGGAGGAGGGCCUGCUGGACCAGCUGGACAACUACAGCUACUACUUCCCCGGCGACUGCAUCACCAGCUGCGAUAAGGUGGAGAACUUCCUGCUGCACACGGAGCGCUCGCUGGGCCGGCCGGGCGAGUCGGUGUUCCUGGCGCGGCCGUUGCAGCUGUCCGGCGCGGUCAGCGUUAGUGAGCCGGAGUUCCUCGGCAGACUGGGCGCCGUGCGGCUGGAGGAGGAGGCCCGCCGCCCGCCGCCGCCGCCGCCGCCGCCUCCACCGCCGCCGCCGCCGCUCGGCCCCAGGGGCUCAAUACUGCGCAACGGCGCGCAGUGGCGGCCGCAGAACGAGAUGAGUGUGAUCGACGAGAUGACCACGUCGGUGUGAUGACUGCGGCGCACGUCCGGCCAGCUGACGGCCGUGCGUCACAGGUCACCUGACCACGCGCUCCCGCUGAGGUAGUGCUGUUACGUGUGGGAUGACGUGAGAGGGAAUUGUUUUAGGUCGGUGCUAAAAGUUGGAUAUAUUGUGACGCUGAAGAGAGAAGUGUCCCCAGUCAAUUUGGACGUGGGUUGCCACUCACUCGCACUCAAGUUAAAGUCCGGUGCAAGUUGUGCGUAUUCAAUGCUUCUGUGACGAAUUAUCAAAUGAGAAUGGCGUGUUGUUGCUUCUACAGGUCUCACGCGGUGGCUCGCUUCAUCAAAGGCCAGACCUUUGAGUCAUGUAGCCAAAUGCCUCACGAGCACGGUUAACUGACAUGGUGGUCUCGUUCCAAAUGUUCUGUCCUUUUGUGUGGUUACAGGACCCGUUACGACGUGCAUCCGUUUUGAAAUGGCCGGGCUGCUCUUGGCGUCUGUGGUUCGGUGGUUGUGUUCACUGGACCAUACUCAGAGGUAGAUGUUGGCAUCGGUUGUGGUGAUUUUUCUACGUCCUUGUCACAUUUAUCAAUGUGACGGCGUGUAUCGCGUCCUCUCCUGUUAUCAUCAUUCAUCCAUUGGACUGCAAGUGUCCUUUUUUAGUGACCUUGCUGGCACCCGAGUCGGCCUUGCCGUGAAUGUAAGGUCACAGAGUGGUGCCAGGUCACGGAGUAGUGCCAGGUCAUUGAGUGGCGCCAGGCCGCGAAGUGGUGCAAAGUCACGGAGUGGUUCCGGGUCAUGGAGUGCUGCCAGGUGCCAGAAGUGUUGCCAGGUCACGGAGUGUUGCCAGGUCACGGAGUGCUGCCAGGUCCCGAGGUGGUGUCAGGUCACGGAAUGGUGCCAGGUCACGGAGUAAUGCCAGGUCAUGGAGUGGUGCCAGACCGCGAAAUGGCGCCAGGUUACGGAGUGGUACCGGAUCAUGGAGUGCUGCCAGGUGCCAGAGGUGUUGCCAGGUCACGGAGUGCUGCCAGGUCACGGAGGGGUGCCAGGUCACGGAGUGGUAGCGGGUCACGGAGUGCCGCCAGGAGUGUUGCCAGGUCACGGAGUGGUGCCAGGUCACGGAGUGGUACCGGGUCAUGGAGUGAUACCAGGCGGUGUCUGUGACGGUGACGCUGGCUCUGUUUCUCACUGGUGGAGUGUACCAGGGACGUCUAGUCAGUCAGUAUUAGCGACCACACGGCGUCGUGUCCAGCGCGUGUGAGAAGUAGCUAGUCAGGUUUCCCUGCUCUUCCCAUUGUGCCAAGUAUGGCUGCGUUACUGUUACUGAGCGCUUAGGUCAUGUUCGUGAUGCUCUUCGAAUCUAUACACAAUCAUGGGUGUUAUAUGAUCUGUCA